AUGGGAUGGACAGAAGCAAUCAACUCAAGGAUAGAUGCCAAAGAUGGAAAGUAUAUUUCUCAGCUGUUCAGCAAAAGUAUAUGGAUGGAUUCUGAGCGGGAAAGUAUUGAUCUUAGCAAGGUCAAGCAUCCAUUCAACAUUCUCCUUGAGAAUCAAAAAACAGCCAUAGAAAAAAAGAGUUAUGGCACAUAUGAAACACUAAUAAGAAGUGUUGUAAGAAUGACUGGGGGAGAGGCAUGGACUGGCCCUAUCAUUAAAAGAGUUGUAUAUGAGCUUCUUGAGCUUUGGGGCAAAGAUAGCUCGAACAAGGUGAGUAAGCUUCUUCUGGAGAUGUACAAGAAGCUAGUGGAGCAAAGAAAUCCAGCCUUCAUCUAUGUUGGAAAUGCCUUAUUCCAGAUAUACCUUGAGACAGAAAGGUUUAAGCUAGCAGAGGAUCUAUUAGCAAGCGCAAGUGAACCGGAGACUGCAUGCAGGGACAGUUAUGUGUUUCAUUACUACAAGGGAAUCAUUAAAAUGUACCAGGAUAGAUUCAGGGAAUCCUAUCUGUCAUUGAAAAGAGCAUUUAGAUACAAGAAAUGGAGGAGAAUAAUGGCACCGGUUUAUUUCAUUUCAUCUCUGCUUGUUAACAAGUUCCCUAAGAACAUAUAUCUCGAAAGGUUUGGCUGCAGCUACCUAUCGGAGCUGGUCUCUGUAGUACGAGAGGGGCUCUACGUGGGUGUGGACAAUGCCAUUAGAAAUGCAUCUGAGGGAAUUACAGACUACAAUCUUUACAGAAUCAUUUCAGUCCACUAUCCGCUCAUAUGUUUCAACAAUCUGGUGGGCAGAGCCUAUCGAAAGCAUGGAUGCGAUAACAGGCUCGAGAUCCAAAAGAUCUCAGAGGUACUGCCCGGCACUGAUUUCAAGGAGAUUGUUUGCCUUUUGAGCAGUGCAAUUGAGUCAGGAAGGCUGAGAGGAUAUAUAUCAAUCAGCAGAAGGGUAGUUGUGUUCAGCAAGGCAGAUCCUUUUCCAGUGAUUGCCGAUUAA